CUCAAGUUUAUCAGGCGCGGCGGGGCAGCCCUUCAGUACACAAAGGGGUCCUCAGUGUAGUUUAUUCUUGUGGCUAACAAAGCAGCAGCAGACUCUAAAAUGUCGGGAGAGGUGUAUCUCCUGUGGCUUCUCUCGCUUUUACAAACGCUGUCGGCGUACGGUGCCGAUCUGUCGUCUGAGACAUGCAGGGAGCUGGGCUUCUCCAGCAACCUGCUGUGCAGCUCUUGUGACCUGCUCGGGGAGUUCAGCCUCACCAAGCUCCAGCCCUACUGCCGGCAGUGUUGCCAGCAGGAGGCCCAGAUGGAAGCGCGCAAGCUCUAUGCCGGGGCCAUCCUCGAGGUGUGUGGAUGAAAACUGGGGAGGUUCCCUCAAGUCCAAGCUUUUGUCAGGAGUGACAAGCCAAAGAUGUUCAAGGGUCUUCAGAUCAAGUACGUCAGAGGCUCAGAUCCUGUACUAAAGCUUUUGGACGAUAACGGGAACAUCGCUGAAGAACUCAGCAUCCUCAAGUGGAACACAGACAGCGUGGAGGAGUUCCUGAGUGAGAAAUUAGACCAGAUAUAGACAAAUCUACUCAAAGAAAUUGUUUUCAUGUUUUUGUCCUUACCUAAAAGAGUCGAUUCACCCAAAUUACAACGCCUCUGAUCGUACGUAGCCAUGCAGAUAUUUUCUGUUUUAUGUGCCUGAGAUUUGUGUGUACACCUUCAGCUCGAUGUUAGUUUGUGGUGCUCGCAGCACUGGAAAACAACUCGUCGUUCUAGAAUCUGUUGUGGACAAACCAUCUAACGUCAACCGUUUUCUACUGAGUAAAUGGUCCCAAUGAAAACUCAUGUUUAUUUUGGGAAGUUUUUUGCUGUAAAUAAAAAAAAAUCCAAUGUUCUGAGCAGCGCACAAGAAUAAAUGCACUUGCAUCCAUUGUAUUUAGGUUUUGACAUAAAUCUGAAGAGAUGGAGCUCUUAAAACUUGAGCACAAUAAACCAAAACUAUCUGCAUGGCCAGAGACGCUCGGGGCUGCUGAGAACAUUUUUAAUUAGUUAAUUAUUUGGAUGAACCGACACAAAACUCGGCCUUGAUAGAUGGUAGUUAAAUUACUAUGACUGUUUUUGUGUGAAAUGUGGUGUGGUGAAGAUUUUACCAAAUAACUUGCGAUAGUGUGAAGAGACAUAAUUACAGAGCCCAGAUGGGCAGCACACUCAGAUUAAUGGUGAAGACUACAGAUUAAUCGUGGCUCAACGUCAGUGAGAAACAACAAUGCACAUUCUGAACGGUUUUGUUGUCUGUCUGAUAUUCUUGUAUGAUUAUUUUUUAUAACGCUCAACAUUGUGGCUGGUGGAUUUGUAGCGAGAAUGAAUCCUAGUUGCUCUCCAAACGCAGAUGUCUUUGCUGAAGCACACGUUGGUGACGGCCUCACAGUAAACCAGUGUUGGGAUGUGAGCUCUGAUGUAUGUUUGUGCUUUUUUUCGGCAUCUUCUGCUUUGAAGAGAAACUGGAUUUAUUUUGGAUGCUUGUUUUUGAGCGAGUGAGGUGACUGUUUGAAUAUGCAACAAUAAACAAGUCUCUGAUGG